CCACUUUAGAAGAUGCCUUGGAAGUUGGAAUAUUGUUUCACGAACGCAAACAAGUUUGACGUCAUCGACUGUUCUAGCGCUGAUCGUAUCGGACUUGCUAAUAUCCUCAACGCUGCAAGUGGAAGAUUGUCGAAUAGCCGUUUUGUUUACUGUAAGUACAGAGUGGGACAAAUUGUCUCCUACUGUAGAGCUGUACAUCGAGCAUGUUCUUUGCUGCCCUUUGAGGAUGAUCCCCACAAUUUAUGGAUUACAACUGAAUGAGCACGUGGAACUUGGAUCUCGGUUUCCACCCAGUUUUUAUUUUACCGCCGUGACAAACCUUUCCUGGCAGAAAGCAAUUCAUUUUCAGAACAUUGUUAUGUCUCCUUCCUCCCCUUUGACGGAUUUUUUGAACAAGCUGGCCCAGAAAUGUUUUGUUAACGAGCGCUUUCCCAAGCCCAGUCAGGUUUUAAGUUACCAAAUGGCAAUGAUAGAGAGGCAUCAUUAUUCUCCGUUAACAUUUCACUACAUCGUCAGUUCCAUGACACAACGCCUUGGAGGAGAUCACUGGAUUAAAGAUGCUCACCUAUUGGAUACUCCUGCCCUUUUCAACAUCACAAGACGUACAAUGGAGGCAUGGGAAAAGGGCCUGGAAAUUUUGAAGAUAACAGCAGAAAUUCCCAUCAACUCUACUAACGAAGAUGCAUUUAAGGUUUUUCAGCAAUUGGGUUUACCUACUUUUCGCUUGGUUCUCAUGCCUUGUAGUGUGACAGCUAGCCAUUUUAUUCACGGAAUCGUUCUCAAGUGUUCAAGCAUAACUUGUUCCGGUUCGACUGAAUCUUACGUCAUCGACAAUUUCUCACUAGAGAUAAAAGAAAAAAGCAAGAAAAUUGUCGCUACCUUCUUAAUUGCGUCUGCUCACAACCUUCCUGAAGCGCACUGUGUAUACGUGAUUGACAGUAUGCAUCAUUGCCCUCUGCUCAACUUUAGUUCUCUGAAAUCCAUGCACACUGAAAAGUGUCAUCUUCCUCACCCGUUUUCUCGUCCAACACCUUCCCCUGUUGUUGUUCCCUGUCCUGGGGCAUCGGUCAUGAAAGUCAACAGCUGUAUCGAGUCCGAGGAUGAAUUCAAACUGAAGAUAAUCUUCGAUUGUAACGAAAUUGUUUCAGGUCUAACACUUUCCACUGACCAAGUACUACCGUGUAAGUCUGCCCAUCAAGUUACUAUAUAUCUAAACACGCCUUCCAAAUGGAAUUCUUUGACUUCGUCAUUUCCUUAUCCUAUUCUUGUCGACGAAAUCAGCGCUAUUCUUCAUAGUACUGACCGUUUUAUUGAAUUGGUAUUGAAGAAAGGAUGGUGGGAGCCGUGCGGAGCCGUGGCCGGUUGAGUUCCAAUCGAACGAAGAAUGGAAAUGGAAUGUUGAUUCUUUGAAACCUUGGGAAAAUCAUGCGAGUCGUUCCAUUUCGAAAUUCGACUGCACCGCGCUGGAUUUCCAUCUUAAAUUGCAAUUUAACUUGGAUUUUAAAUUGAAUGACCCAGGAAAUAAAUCAUCAGUCAUGGAACCUUCCCACUGGAAUUUGAGGGCUGAGCAAUUGAACGAGAAAAAAGCUUUGCAAACUCUCCGGAGGAGGUUCAAGUCGCUUCUUCUUGACCCAACUACAGAGGAUCUCGAAUAUUUUUUUAUUCAAACAACUGGAUCGUCAACUACGGAUUGGUGCAUCAUGGUUUUAAUCCACAAGCCCCUUCUCACAUCUCCUCUGGGCAGUCCGAUUCGAUUGUUGACUGUGAUUGACAAACAGAUGGCUAAUAUCCUUAAGAAACAAGGGAAAUUAAACGAGAAGACAUAUACGAAGGAAUACAAUAGAGCUAUCGAGUGUGCUACUGGAGAAACGGGCAAAAUGAUUUCUGUUGAACCCUACGAAUUGCUGCUAUGGAACUUCAUCUUGAGACUCAACUCGACUAAAAUCGUGCCUAGUUCAGAGCAAACAAGUCACCUUCCUUCGGGGAUGAACAGCUCUUGGUUGUUUGCUACCUUCAUGUCUCCGCUUUAAGUCGAUGCUCCUGUCAAUCCAAAAGGCUCCACCAAUGCGUUGUACUCUACAAAUAAUUCGACAAUCGCCGGCGGAACUUUUGGCGGAGCUUGCAAGAAAGUCACCCCAAUUCCGAAGCGAUGCAGUCACUGCCAUUCCAUCGUUUACUGCUGCAGUGUCGAAUGUCAGCGCAGUAAUUGGCCGCAACACAAACUAUAUACUGCUGUGUAAUCGCAGUAGUAAAACCAAACCGUUCUUGUUCAAUGUCUCAUUAUUUAUUUUGCGGUAAAUUUAAUUUUUCGUACCACAAUCUUAUUGGAAUGUUGAUAAGCAAGUGUUUGAUUGUCGACGACUGUUUUUUCAUGGAAAUUGGUAUAAAUUGUUGAAUUCAGAAUAAAAUC